AUGGGUUCUGCUGAAGCGCUGGAGGACAAUGCCCACAAAAUGGAGGGCUUGGCGCGGAAAGCUGCUGAGAAUGGUGCAAAGAUCAUCGUUUUUCCAGAGGCUGCGCUUACAGGGUACACGUCGCAGGCGUUCCUCCACAACUGGCACAUCCCGCAGCGUCGCCUGCAACCUCGAUUCGCGGGCAUCAACCCGGUGCAUGGUACACGUGAGAUGCCGCGGUACUUCCGAAUCUUAGGGAUCCUGGUGCUCCAAGGCAUUGUGCACAGUGAGGAUUUUGAGGCCUUGCUGGACAACAUGGACCUGAGCAGAGAUGGAACCAUACACUGGCACGAAGUCCGGCACAGUGAAGGCUUCAAAGAUUUGCCCAGAGAUGUGAGAAAAGCCUUCAAAAAGGCUUUCGCAGCUGCUGACAUGAACCAAGAUCAUGUCCUGGUCUUGGACGAGUUUAAGAACUUCUAUGCGCUGACCGAGCGGAUCAUGCAGGACAGAGACCGGAAGCUGGUUGAUAAGGCCCGUGAGCGAUUGCAAGCUGAAGAAGCGGCUACCAAAAAAGGAAAGUUCGGAGAGCCGUUGGACCAGCGUGCAGCGGUGCCGCAAAAAGAGAGGAUCGUGCGGAGGCUAGUGGCCUUGGCCAAAGAGCUGGGCGUUUACAUGACCAUUCCCUUCGUCGAGGAAGCACCAUUCAUGGAGGAAAGUGUGGAGCGCGCGCAGUUUUUCAACACCGUUUGUUUAGCUGCACCAUCUGGGAAAGUGGUCGUACAUUACCGCAAGACGCACCUUUGGGACUAUGUUGACGGCAGCUGGGCCUCUCGCGGCGAUAGUCCUGGCUUCGUGGACACUGAGUUCGGCCGAAUUGGGAUUGGCAUAUGCUAUGACAUACACCGUCUGGCAGAGCUCUACUCGAAAGUCAAUCUCUGGGCGCUCCUGUACUCGGUGGCCUGGGUUGGACAUCCAACAGAUGGUCCGACUGAGCGCUGGUUCCGCAAGGACCUGUCCGAGGCCUACCUUGGAAAAGAUGCUCUGAAGUGCUUCGUCAUCGCCUCUUGGACCUCUAAAAUCUUGACAGCAUUGUACUCAACAGCUUGUGGUUCUUGGGUCUCUUUGGAGUUUCCAGAGAUUGAAAUUGCAGGCAGGGCUUGGGAGAUGGGCCUAUUUAGUAUGCCUACGACAAUGCACCGAUGUCAGAGCAUUGGGCCGCGCAUGGUGGGGAAAUCUUGGUGCAGGCUCAGAAGUGCAAGCCUUGACUAUUAA